UAUCGUUGUAUCCAUUGUCCAAACUUUUAAAGUUUUUUUUUCCGUUUACUAGUUUUUUUUAAUCGGGUUUCCAAACAAUUUUUUCCACGGAUAGCCCCAAGACAACCGCUGUCUCAAAGGAAGAAGAGAUUGAGAAUCAAUUGUUGACAACAAGUGAAAGAUUUWUUUUUCUCUGAAGCAAUUCUAUUUAUUCAUUGUUUAUUCAAAUUUAUGGCAUUUSAAUAAUGGCAAUUCUAUCAAAAAUGAAAAUGGUAAGAUCUAAACUGGAUCAAAUUUAUACCAAUAAAAUUUAUUUUUAAGUAUUAGUUUACAUAAAAUUAAUGUUGUACUAAUAAAAUGGGCGAUGGAAAAUAUAAUGGUACCAAUUCUCGCAUGAAGAGAACUACCUAUGAUGAAGAUAAAGCUUUCAAAGAUGAACCACCUUUAAAAUCACAGCGUUUAUAUCAACUAUUUAAUGAUGAUCAACAUUUUCAAGGUCCAGUUGAUUUUCAAUAUGAAAAUACUGAAGUUACUGAACACAAUUAUAAAAGAAUUUCAGCUACAACUGUUUAUAAGAAACUACAGGUAUUAGAAAUUAGGGAUAAACUUUUACGUGCAUCUACUACGCUGCCAAUUAAAGAAGUUAAUGUUGAUGAAAUCAAACCAAUGGAAGGUACUUGUCCAGAUAUGUGCCCAGAAAAAGAACGUCUACUGCGUAUACAUGGUAAUAUGGUUUCACAGUUUGAAUGUAAAAUAAUUGAUACAAAAUUGGAACCAGUUUAUGAAAUGAUGGUAAAACAAUAUGCUAGAAGUUCUGCUGACCAAGCUAAUCCAUUAUCUCAAGAACUGAGACCAACACCUGUACUUGUAAAGACCAUGCAUUAUAUGCUUAAAAAUAUAAUAUAUCCAAUUGAAUCUAACAUUGAACAAGAUUUGGCCAGUUGGUAUGAUUUUUGUUGGGAUCGUUUACGUGCGAUACGAAAAGAUAUUGUUCAACAAAAUUUACAGAAUUCGGAAGUUGUUACAAUACUUGAACAAAUUGGUCGUUUUCAUAUUGCUUGUUAUGACUUGUUGCUUGGCUAUUCAGGCUUUGAUAUCAAGUUAAACACAGAAAACUUAAAUAAUUGCAUUCAAAUGUUGAUGCCUAUGUAUAGAGAUUCAGAACAUCAAUGUACAAAUGAACCAGAGUUUGUGUCUUAUGAGUUACUUAUGCAUUUAGGAAAUCCACAAUUUCAUACAGCAUAUGAUUUAUUACCAAUUCAUAUAAAACAAUCGCCUCAAGUGAGAUUCUGUAUUAAUGCCAACACAAUCUAUUUACAGUCAAGUGACUGUAAAGAGUUUUUCAAUUUACUGAGAAGUACGACUUUUAUGAAUUGUUGUAUAUUACAAAGAGUUAUUCCAAGUAUUAGAUAUAAUAACAUAAAAAUGAUGAAUAUGUCAUAUACAACUGUCAAAAGAGUUUAUAAGCUUGAAAUGGAACAUUUUAUGGAAAAACUAUGUUUUGACGAUACACAAUUGGCUCAAGAGUUUUUUUCUGAUAUUCAGUUACAAUAUGAUGAACGGUAUGUAGACCUUUCRCGUAAUAUAGACAUACGCGCGCCUGAGCUUAGAAGACAAAAACAGGAAUUCAUUAUUUCUGAAAAAAGACAAAAUUUAACAUACUUAAUAUCUGGAGUAGAAAACAUGCCUGAUGUCAUAAUCACCCCAGUUCAUUCAAGCUUUGAUGAUUAUGAUCGUUUUUAUGAUGAUGCUAACAAUGAAGUAAACAACAAAGAUCUACACAAUGAAAUAUCAAAUUCUCAAAUGGAAGAAGACACUUAUCCUUCAAUAAAUUCAAAAGAUGAUGAUACAAAUGAUCAAUUAUUCUCAACUACUCCAAUACAAACCCCAAUUUUAGAAAUACCUACUUUCACUUUUGAUUUGCCCAAGUUUUCAUUACCUACUCAAUCUCAAAAACCACUUUCCAAUUUUGAAGUACAAUGGAAGCCAACCCCAAAAUUAAGUAUUUUCCAAGAUAUUAUUAGCACAGACAAAUCAAAUCUAUCAUCAAAUUCACAUGUAACAAGCAAUAUAACAAGUCUUCCAGUAACAAUUUCUCAUGAUGUAUUUAUGAAACCUUCAUGCCAAAGUAAUAUGAAUAUAAGUCCUAUUCAGACACAUUCUAAAGUUAAUUUAAAGGAAAAACUAGAUGUUACACAAUCAAUAGAACAUCAAACUAAUCUUACCAAAAAAUAUUUUUGCAAAUGGCAAAAUUAUGUUAAUUGUAAGAAAUCUAAGUAUAUUGAAGAUAUGUUUGCACAUGGUGAUCUAUUUCAUUCAGAGUGUAUUUCAUCAUUGUCUUCAUCUCCAUCAUCAAUGAAGUCUCUCAGUUAUGUCGAUGAAGUUAUCGAAAUUCAAGAAGAAUCAAAAGAAUGGUUAAAUAAACAGUAUAUUUUGGCAGAAAAGUAUUUCUAUAUUUGGCUACGAAAAGUUUUACGUAGAAGAAGAAAGAUUGAAAUUGAUCCUGUAUGUAGUUUGCCAUGGUCAGUAUUUAUGCAGGUACAUGGCACACCAAAAGAGACAUUACCAGUUACAAUAAAAGAUUUAAAGUCAAAGAAACAACUAAAAAUUCCAAUACAUCAUUCAUUAAAGAGCUAUUAUUCUACAGAAUAUGAUAUCAGCCUUCAAAUGGCUAAUAUAUUUGUCAAAAAUGUUAAAGAUAUGAAAAAAGAUGGAUCUGUUGGAAAAAAGAUAUUUUGGAAAUUGGCAGUUAAUUAUGGUGAUACACCAGAGCCUUAUUGUAUAGAAAAAAAAGUACUGACUAUUAUUUAUGGUAAAUUAGGAUUUAGUAACAAUCAAAUACAAACUAUACAUACUGAUUGUAACUCAUUUUUCAUAAAAACAGUACAUAGUUGUAUUGGGCAAUUCAACUGGACAAACAACGGUUUGAACGCAGCUCUUAUUUUCACAAAUACGGAUAAAGAAAAUGUUGAGACGUUAUUUAAACGCGUUGAUUCAAUUUUGCAGUCAACUCCGACAGCAAUUCCUUUAGUUAUGAUAUUUUCUUCAAGGUCGAAUGAAGAUAGUAUGAAACAUUACGAAUAUGUUUUAGAUGGGUACAAAGAAAAUGAAUAUAUUAAUAAUUACUCUGUUUACAUGUGGGAUGGACCAAAAACCAUUUUAGAAUCCAUUGAAUUUUUUUCUAAAAAUUAUGUAGACUUUACUCCUGGUACGCGUACAGAAAAAUUAUAUUACAAUUUACUCAAUUUUUCUCAACAUUUCUUUGUAAAAGUACGUAGUAUAUUAGCUGAUGAUAAUCCAAACACUAUUAUCAAAAAAUACAAUCAAUGCUUGGAUGCUUACAUUAAACGUUUGGGUAGAAGUAAUCAAAUAUUAACAGAUUUGGCACCCGACUUGGUUCCAUAUUACACCCAAAAUCCUGAUGAGUUUUCGAAACAACAUUCAAACUUGAAUCUGAAAUAUUUUGAAGAUUUACUGAAUAAUGCACACCUAUUGUCAUUUGAAUCAUGGCCACCUAAUAAUGUYGAUGAUUUAAUUGAUUAUGUCAAAAAUAUGUGUAGACUUUCAAACCGUAGAUCUUGGUGUUUAGACAUAUUGCAAAUGCUUCAGUUACAUAGAAAAGCCGAUUUGGAAUACUGUUUAUUGAAUGCCAGUUGGUAUGAACCAAUCGAAAUGUGGAUUGAAGGUACAUUAGAAAAGGUUUCUACUGCACAGAAUGAUUUCACCGUAUUUUACAAUGGUGACCCAAUCAAGGAUGUACUGAAUAUGAUAUUUCCAGACUGACAAUAAAUAUAUUCAGCUUUUAUUAGUUAAAAAUGACCUAAACUAUUGUGAAUUCAUAAUUUUCCAUAACAUAUAUCAUAUGCUUCUAUAUUAGCUGGUCUUAACUAUUAAUAUUUUCAAUAUUAGAUGUAUAUUUUUAAAUAUAAUUGUUGGAGAAGCUAAUUUAAAUUGUUUUCACUAUGUUAAGUUGACAAAGGAUAUUUUUGCUUAAAUAUAGACUUUAAAUUUAUUCUUAUUUAAGUCCAACUUUAAAAUUGUGUUUCCUUAUAGCUAGAAAUUAUGACAAUUACAAUUAAUUCAUAUCCUUAGUCAGUGGUUCUCAAGCUUUUUUGGUUCACAGCACAUUAUAUUACAUCACAAGUUUUUGCGACACUCAAUACUAGUGUAAUGAAAUAAAUUACUGUUUUUAAUAUUUUUUUACCAGCAUAAUUACAAAUAUCAGAAACUUCUCACGGCAGUCGAUCUCUCAGCUCAGUAUUGUGCCGCGACACACCGGUUGAGAACCACUGUCCUAAGUGUUGGGUAGCUUAGUAUAUAAUAACUACCAAUUGUUCAGGGUCGGGAAGUAUCAAAGAUAUAAUUGUAACUUGUAUCAUGAUUUAUCUUUUUAAAGUAUCAAGUGUUAUGAAUCGUAAAAUUUAAUUUUGACUCGAUGAAUUUAAUAAAUGUAACAAUGUUACA